CAUAUCCCCCCCUCGCUGUUCUCUCAUCUUUCUCGCUCUAGCUUUCACUUCAGACCCCCACCGCCAAACCCUUGCAUGAACUUCAUAGCAUGUAAUAAGAUUUCUGAAGCAUAUCUCUGUCGAUUUUGAGAAGAUCUUGCAUCUUUCCUUUUUAGUCUUUCAUUAUUAUUUCAGCAAUUAAGAAAAUCUGAAGGUAGACAGUGCUUCGGAGAAUCGGGAAUGUCGAGUUCCAUCACGAGCGCUGUCUACGUCCAUGUCAUUGAAGACGUUAUCAAUAAAGUCCGAGAAGAGUUUAUCAACAAUGGCGGUCCAGGCGAAAGUGUUCUCAGCGAGCUUCAAGGAAUUUGGGAAAUGAAGAUGAUGCAAGCUGGUGCUAUAUUGGGUCCUAUAGAGAGGUCUACUGAUCCGAAGCCAACACCAGGGGGCCCUACCGCUCCUGUUCAUGAUCUUAAUGUACCAUAUGAAGGAACUGAGGAGUACGAAACUCCAACAGCUGAGAUACUCUUUCCUCCAACGCCUUUACAGACUCCCAUGCAAACGCCUCUACCAGGAACUGUCCAAACACCUCUACCAGGAGCUGUCCAAACACCUCUACCAGGAUCGGUCCAAACACCAGGAACGGCGGACAACUCGCCAUAUAACAUUCUUACUGGUGGUACUCCCAUCACUCCUAGUGACUAUCCUGCUCUAAAUGAUACUGGUGGUGGUACAGAGACGAAGGUUGGGAGACCUAGCCCGUACAUGCAGCCACCUUCUUCUUGGAUAAAUCAAAGGCCCCCUGUCAGUGUAGAUGUUAAUGUUGCUUAUGUUGAAGGGCGGGAAGAGGCAGACAGGGGAACUGCACAUCAACCCAUGACACAGGAUUUUUUCAUGUUGUCUUCUGGUAAGCGGAAGCGGGAGGAUAUUGCUUCACAGUAUCAUACAGGUGGAUACAUACCACAGCAAGACGGACCUGGAGAUGACAUAGCAGAUAAUAUUGAGUUAAGUCGAGGAAGUAAUACUCAACCUGACCUAGUUACCACUGCAAGUGGAAAGAUGCGACUAGGGGCAAGUUUGUCUUCUAGGAUUUCACAAGUGGAUGGGCCGACUCCGGAUCCUUAUGAUGAUGUGCUUUCUACACCCAAUAUAUACAAUUAUCAAGGAGUUGUCAAUGAAGACUAUAAUAUAGUGAAUACACCAGUGCCAAAUGAUCUUCAAGCAGGUACUCCUGCUGUUGUCACUCAGAAUGAUGUUGGAGAUGAUGAUGAUGAUGAUGAGGAGCCCUUGAAUGAAAAUGAUGAUGAUGAUUUUGAUGAUGUGGAUGAAGGAGAGGAGCUAAACACACAGCAUUUAGUUUUGGCUCAAUUUGACAAGGUGACCCGUACCAAGAGCAAGUGGAAAUGCACAUUAAAGGAUGGUGUCAUGCAUAUUAACAAUAAAGACAUUCUCUUCAACAAGGCAACAGGAGAAUUUGACUUCUGAUCCUAUUUUGGGGAACGCAUUCACCACACGAAAUGCUUGAUGCUUUUGAGAAGGGAAUGGAUGGUAGGUCAGUUGUACAGAGAGGGAGAACCUUUUUGGCCCUAAAUGGAUUGUUAAGUGAGAAGUUUGAAUCUUAACGUUUUCUUGGUGGAAUAUGUAAUUUCAUUUAUUAUAUACUUGAACAUGUUACUUAAUUUACGACGAAUUGCAUUGUUGUUGUUGUUGUUGUUGUUUAUUUAUUUUUAAUUUAUUUUUGUUUUAUUUUAUUUUAUUUUA